UCGAAAUCGCCGUCGUCGUCCUCGCUCCACUUUCUUCUUCGAUUCGCAGACAUGGGUUACGACGGCAAGGCGGAAGAGUCUGACCGAUGACGAUCUACAGAGGCGACGACGGGGAGCGUUCUGGGAACCUCAAACCAGCGAGUUCCGACGACGUUUGGCCAAAUCCGAGCAUCAACUCUAGUGAAUUCUUCUCUGGCAAAUCAGCAACGCGAUAGCGCUCAAUCCAACGACGAGUUCUGGCAGCGACGCCGAUGACUGACCAGAGUGGACCAGCAACAAUUUCUGCCGGCAACCCCCUGUCCAGCGACCUCUGUUCCGGCGAAGUCCAGCAGCUCGGGCAGAGUAACAGCCAGCAUCCAGUGGCGGCGGAGAGCCGCACCUCUGCUGACAAAAAACAAGAGGCCAUAGAACGUUUUGGUGUUGAUUCUUUCUUGAUCAGUUGUGACCCUGAACAAAUGCAGGCUACAAGGAGCACACUUGAUGGGAUAAUAGACACAGUUUCUGCAGUUCAUCCUCUUACGCCACUACUAAGCUUAUUGAAGACCAAUGGUAAGCUUGUAUUGGUUGGUCUCCCGGAGAUACCCCUUGACUUGUUGGCGUUUCCCUUGAUCAUGGGCCGAAAAUUGAUUGCAGGAAGUGGCAUCGCUGGAAUAAAUUAAAGGAGACUCAAGCUAACAUAACAUCACGCUCGAUGUUGAGAUUGUGCCAAUGGACUAUGUCAACACCGCCAUGGAACGCCUAGCCAAAGCCGAUGUGAAAUACAGAUUCGUAUUGGAUUUUUCCAUAGAGGAAUAGGAUGGAUUGAAAAGCCAACAUAACUUGGGGUUAUGUUCUACUUUUUGACAAAGCUCUUGUUGGAGCCCUUUGUAGUUGGCGCUUCAACAAAUCUGAUGAUGUUCU